GUCAAGCGGGGCCCUCUACCGAGAUGGCCUUCUUCAAGAGCUUCCAGCAGAACCUCCCGACCGUCAACAUUUCCUCCAUCUUGGACUCGGUCAGCAGCAAAGUGGACGACCUGGCCAACGCCGUCAGCGACGUGACGUACGCCGUCAGCGAUCAGCUGACCGAGCAGGUCAACACCAUCAUCAACAAGGUCCAGGAGGAGGAGGAUGUGGAGCAGGAGUCCACCACACAAGAUGGGAAAUCUGGGAGUAGAAGCACGUGGAUGGAAACGACAAGCUUAAAAAACAACCAAAGUAACGAGGCGGUCGAGGCGGAAUACGCGCAAAGCCAGCUGGAGUGGGAAUGGAAGGACGGAUGCUGGAGGGUGAAAAAGACGGAAGCCGAGAUAGCCGAGGAAGAGAGGAGGAAGAAGGAGGAGAAGGAGUUGCUGGAGAUGAGGGAGCAGAGGAGGAAAGAGAGGAGGGAGAGGCGCUUGGAGAAGGCCGGCGAGAUUACGAAAAACGAGGAGCUUUCCCAAGAACCACAGGAAGAGGACACAGAAGCCGAAGAAUUCAAGAAAACCGAAGAAGUGAGUCAAGGCGAAGAUGCAAUACAACCCAGUGGACCUGAAGAAUGUGAUGAACCAUCAGGCCCUGAAAGCGAGAGAAGAGUCUCUGACCAGGAGGAGGAAAAGAACAAGCGAGAUGAGGAGGACAAGUGCAGCUUUGAGAGAGAAGGCGACGAUGAGGAGAUGCCGGAUGCCUCGAAGGCGAAAGUGAAAAAGAAAAAAAUGGAUAAAAAAAAGGAGAAAGCGGCUAAGAAAGCAGAGAAGGAGGCAAAGAAGAAGGAGAAAGGCAAGAAGCGUAAGAAGAAAGAGGAAAGCAAACAAGAGGCAGUUUUGACAGACAGUGAGGAGGACAGAAAACCCGAGCCUGCGGUCCGGGCCGACGUGACCGCAUUGUGCAAGGAAGUGACAGAACAGGAAGGCUACAGCAGUGAGGCCUCCAGUGAACAUGCAGCCAGCAUCAUCCAGAAGAUAAAGAAAGCGCCUUCGCUCACAGAGGGCCAGCCGCCUCCUUACCAGGACCGGGUCCCGGUGACCCGCGUGUCCUCGUCCCGUGGCCGCAGGGGGUCGUCUCCUCAGCGUUGCUCCAGUGAGGCCAGCGUGGACCAGGACACGGAGAGCUACCUCAACAAAGGCUGCGAGGAGGACAUACCCAGUGACAGCACGGCUGUGGUGGGGCCUGAGGACAGCUCUGGUCCGCUGCUUCCAUCAGCUUACGAGCCGGAGCCCCUCGCUAAAUACGGCACGCUGGAUGUGGCCUUUGAGUACGACUCCAACGAGCAGUGGCUGGCCGUCACGGUCACGGCGGCGACCGACAUCCCCGCUCUCAAACAGACGGGCAACAUCUCGUGGCAGGUCCACCUCGUCCUGCUACCCACCAAAAAGCAGCGGGCCAAGACGGGCGUCCAGAAAGGCCCGUGUCCCGUCUUCACUGAGACCUUCAAAUUCUCCAGAGUGGAGCAGGAGGCGCUGAGCGACUGCGCCGUGCGAUUUCGCCUGUACAGCAUCAGAAGGAUGAAAAAAGAGAAGGUCCUGGGCGAGAAGGUGUUCUAUCUCACUAAACUCAACCUGCAAGGGAAAAUGGCUCUGCCGGUCACCCUGGAGCCUGGAUCAGAACUUACCGGUUGCGGCUCGAUUGUGAGCGUGUCCCGCAGCGGCGGGGCCGUGUCCUAUCGCUCAGCCGAGGACACGUCCUCGCCUGAGAUCCUCCUGGGCCUCGUGUAUAACUCGGUGACGGGGCAUCUCUCCGCUGAGGUGAUCCAGGGGAGCCACUUUAAAAGCACGCCAUCUGAUAAACCCGUCAAUGGUCUAUUUUGUUGUAUAAAGCAUUUCGUUGGGGGACAGCUUUAUAUCAUGAGAGGUAAGAACCUUGUCAAAAUGGUUCGGCCUGAUUUCCUACAGAAUUCAAAUUUAUUGAACCGUGACGGAGAUGAUUGUGAAUUUCCGAGCACUUUUGCUGCAGUGAGAAGCUUGCUGUCAUACUCACUUUCCACCACUUGGUGGCUCUGUCCCAACAUCUUCCUUGCAGACACUUAUGUGACGUUGACCAUGCUGGACUCCAAGGGGAAGGAGAUGUCCAAAUUCAAGACAGCCGUGUGCCGCGGGCAGCCCAGCCCUGCCUACAAAGAAACCUUCGUCUUCCACGUGGCGCUUUUCCAGCUGUCCGACGUUUCACUGGUGCUGUCCGUGUUCUGCCGCCGUAGCACCUUGAGGCCCCGGGAACGGCUCGGCUGGGUCUCCUUGGGCCACAGCAGUACCGGCGAGGAGCAGCUGGCCCACUGGACCGAGAUGAAGGAGGCUGAGGGCCAGCAGUGCUUGAGGCGGACCGGGCUCCUCCUUUUGCUGCCACCAGCAUAGCAGACACUUCACGGGUCACAAGCAAAAACACAUUGACUGUUAAAAAAAAAAAAAAAGGGCCUAUUAUAUAUAUGCUGCAACUAUGUUCACAAGCUGUGCUUUUUCUACAGUUUUUUACAUGCAUUAUGCAAGAUCAUCUUUUUUUUUUUUUUUAAAUUCAGUCAGGUUUAAAAGAUUGAAAGAACUCGCAGUCUUCCUUAAGAAUCGGGCACAGCUGCUCGGUGAGGGUUAUCCAAGUGCAGCUUGUCUUCUCGAGUCAAUGCAGACUGAGCCUCUUCCAUUUUCUGACAAGUGGGUUGAGUCCAUUCAUGCACAAACACGGCACUUUUUCACACUACGGUGACAUAUGCAUAGCGCCGUGUCGACGGCUUCGUCUUAUUUCCUUAUUCUGAGUGAACGGAAUAUCAUGAAGAGAAAAAAUAUAUAUAUUACUGCCGCACUGAGAAGCCAAGAGAGGAGCUAAGUCCACAAGUGAAAGAGAAGAAACAUACCUGCUGAAUAGAAUCUUCACAUCUUGUGGUCUGGACACAUUUUUCUUUUCAGGUUAGGGAGGUCUUCCUGCAUGAAAUAGCUCACAAACAUUCAGCAGAAAUGAUUUCACAAUGACAAAUGACUUUUUUUGUCUCAAUCAAAACAGGAGUCAAGAAGAUGAUGUUAAUGUUCUUUUUUUUUUAAUUUCCAUUUACCUGUCUCCUGCUGGUUCAGAAUAAUGAGCCGCAUUCCGUGCACUUCCUCGGUGCACGUUGCAGAAUGACUGUAGCAUUCCGUAGAAAUGUUCCUUGCUCGGAGCCAUGGAAAACCAGCUGUGCCACAAACCCAACUCCGAGGGCAGGUUAAAAAAUACCAGCCGAACCGUUUAGUGCCUCAGAUGGGGUUGUGAAAUUAGGUCUUCAAUUUAAAAAAUGUAGGAAUAGUGCUUUGAAAACUGCCUUCUGAAUUUGGACUCCUGCCGAUUUGAAAAUAUUUGGACACAAGAACACCCCCCUGAGAGGAAAAUGGUACAAGCUAGUUUUCCUUGGCCCUCCAUUUUAUCCAUCAAAUGUCCUGUCAUUAUAUUGCAUGUCAAUUAAAAAAAAAAAAAAA